UUUCAGUUUUGAAGAUCACUCGUUGCGAAGCGGACGCCCAGCGAAGCGCAAAGAGAAAGCCACGGGCAAAAAUAUAAAUAAUAAUACGACAAUUAUAUAUUCCAAACUCGAACUGAACUUCGAGUCGAACUCUGUGAAUGACCACACUUGUGUACUUAAGACGCGAAUAAAUACCAACAAUAUUGGGCAAACAAAGCUGGUCCAGAAAGCCGUUCGUUACACUUCCCAUUACCAAUAUCAAUGUCAAGCGAUCGUGAAAACACUCGCACUCGCACUCGCACUCGAUCGUUCCAAAUCCAAAUCCGGGGUCAGAAGCUCUCCGGCUGAUUAACACUCCGCAUCUCCAGCACACCACACCGAGCGAAAAAAUAAACAAAAACAGACAAACACACAAAUACGGCAAAUGCGAACAACAAAUUAACAGAAACGCGCGGAAUAUAGAAAAACACGUUUCCACCGAAAAGGCGCUUGCGAAAAACAACAACAAAUUAACCAAAUAACAAAUAACACAAAUUGUUGUCGCUUUUGUUAUUGAACACACACGCGCACACACGCACACACGCACGCGCAUUUGAAAUUGAAAUUGAAAUUUAAAGGCCCUGAUUCUGGCCAUUACCAAAUAUGUCCAAAAGCUGAGCUUGAAUCGAGAUCGCGAGGCGACGUUUGCUUGUAACCCGAGCAGCCGUGACCACAGAAAAGUCAUUCAAGAUACUAAACACUAGAUACAGAUCCGAGUAUCUGAGUAUCUGAGUAUCUGUGCAACAUCUAUUACACAAAACGCCAUGGAGCGUUCGCACAGCUGCAGCAAUUUCGAGGGCCGGACGGGGGCCAAGGUCGAUUGUACCGCCGAGCAGCUGGCGGGCAGCAGCGACCACCUGCCCAGCGCCCACUUUCCGCCCAGCAAGCCGCUGCGCAGGCGCAGAAAGCUCCAGCGGCAGUCGUCCGCCGUGGACGCCGACGACAUGGAGUACGCCGCCGAUCUGGAGGAGAACGCCGACCCGGAUGUGGAGCAGUUAUCGCCCGUCGUCGCCAUGCCCCUGCGUCACAUUUCCGCCACGAGUUCCCGCUGCCUGCGCCACGAGGAGUCCUUCGAGUCCUGCAGCACAGCGCCCGAAUUGAGUCCCCAGGCGCAGAGGCAGCAGAGGUUCAGCAGCCUGCUCCUCAGAGACAGCUCCGUGUCCGUGCAGUCCGACUCGAGUCGGUACUCCAGUGUGGACAGUCUGCUGGAGGCGCGGAAACCCGAUCCCGAGGCCAUACUCAUCAACCUGGGCUUCGGACCCCUGAGCUCCGAGGACAUGCUGUCCCGCAUUCCGCGGCGGUUCCUCAAACCCUCCCAGGUACCCGGCAUCGAUACCGAUGCCUUCGUGCAAAGACUGACUUUGGCCCGAUCCCUGGCCGACUCGAGUGUUCUGGGCUACAGAGGGCUGACCGGAAAUCCGGACAUGCCGCCCUCGUCCAUUGUGGCCAGCAUCAUGAAGCGGUUCGAGGUCAACCAUCAUCGCAAGAACUCCAUGGGCUCCAUCAAGCCCACCAUCCAAUAGGGUCGAACUGAAGUUAGUCAGCCAAAUAGAGGACACACUGUAGCGCCAGUUGUUGCCUUGUGAUCCUUGUGAUCGAUCGUCUUGUCUUGUCCAUUAGUCCUUAAAAGUGCCGCGUACUUAGCUCCUAGCUGUGCAUCUGUAUUACUUACUAUAUUGUUUUCGCCAACUAUUGUCAACUCUUUUUAAGUAUGAAUUAAAUAUGAUAUUUUAUGUUAA